AUGAUCAAGCUGAAGCUGGGGAAGGGGACGCGCCCUGAUGGCCAGGCGCCACCAAAUGCUCCAGCACCCUCAGCAGCAUCACCACAACCACAGACAACACCCGCUGCACCAUCCGCGGUCCCCAAGCUGAAGCUACAUGUCUCUCAACCGCCAACGCCCGUCGAUCAGCCUGCGCAGGCUGCAUUCCCAUUCGCAGUAGAUGACGGAGCAGAGAAGAAGAAGCGUCCCUAUCAGCGCAAGCAAGAUGGCCCAGGCAAGGGCAAAAAGCGCGCGGCCGACGAUGACACAUUACCACCGCCCGCCAAACGAAGUGCCAGUGGUGCACAACCCGCGCGCAAGAUCUCGUUGAAACCGCCGGCGCCCGAGUCCAGCACGGCUGGUAUGCCGAAACCGAAGCUUAGACUAGGAGCGGCAGCACCGACCAGAAAGCCAUCAGUACCGAAGUUGCUGUCCGUGACCACGCGAGGCCAAAUACCAAAGCGCCCCAAGGGUGUCGGCUAUGACUCCGAGGACUCGGACGUCGAAAAGGAUCCGGCGAUACAGCAGGCUCUUGUGCUACGUAUGGAGGAUGGAGAAGACGCCGACUACCUACGCGAUGCGAUAGCAAAUGGAAAGAUUGGCGAGCCGCCCAGCCACGGAGGAGCAGAGGUCUCAAUCAAGUUCCUCGAGAGGCAUCUACGGCGUGCAUUGAUCAAGAUACGCGGCAGAAUGUACGGCGCGGUGUUGGUGGAUCUCCCUACCAUCGUGGAGUCGAUGAAGAGUUUCGAUAAGAAGGGGUGGUGGAAGGUCGCGGACAUUGCGCAAAUGCUACUGGUAUUGGGGAAGUGCAAUAGCGAAGAGGAGGCGAAGACACUACCGUUGCCACGAGAAGUGAACAAGGAAACCUCCCAGUAUGCACACGGUCUGACACCUCCAAUGCGCUGGGCACGCAAGCGACGUUUCCGGUCGAGGAUGAAUCAGUCCGAAGCCAAUGCCAUCGACGCGCAAGUUGCCAAACUGAUUGAAGAAGAUAAAGAGUGGGAGGAGAAGUACGGUGGGGAGGUGAAAACGAUCGAAAGACGGGAGCACGAGCAGUCUGCUGAGCCACAAGAAUACGAUGAGGAUGACGAUGCAGACGGUGAGGCGGUCGAGACUGUGGAGAUGAAUGGCCAAGAUUACGACGAGGACGAUGAGGAAGACGAGGGCGAUGAUGACCUCGAAGCACAGCUAGGUCUAGCGCUGGACGAAGACAACGAGCCAAUGUCUGAGCUCAUUGCUGAGUCACCCGCCCCGAUGGCAGAUCAGGCAGCCUCCAACACUAUAGCGGAACAGCUGGCACAGGACGACUCUUACGCUGCAACACCAGUGGGAACUCCAGCGGAAGAAAUCGCCAUGACACCCCAGCAGCAGUCCUCGGACGAGGAGUCCGACGAGGACGAAGACGACCCAGACGAGUACGAUGAAGACGCCGCAGCCAGAGCCGCCGAGCGUGCACAGCAGAUGGAGGAAGUCGCAGAUCUGGAACGUGAAGUGGAGCGAGGACGACUGCGCAUGCAGGCCAUGAACAACCAGCUUCUCCGACAGCGCGAGGCGCAGAAAGUGCUCGGGCUAGAGGAAGAGUUGACUGCGAAGAAACGUGCGCUAGGUCUUGAGGAGGCGGAUUAA